UAAUGAAUAGCAACAGUAAAUCAAUAUAUAAAAAUGUCGAAUUUCAAGAUGAACCCUAUUCAACCAAUUAAAAAUUUGCCGUGUAUGUACCAAAGUAAGAAAUACCUAAAUAAUAUGAAACUUAAUAAAUGUAUUCUAAUUCACAAUAAUUACAAUCACAAUAAAAAUAAUUGAAAGUUGAAUUUCAAGAUGAAUAAGAAAAUCGUAAUCUCUAAAAUUAGAUUGAGUAAUAGCAAUUUGAAUAGGAAUAAUAAUAGUCUUAAAGGAAUCAACCAAGAGUCGAAACAUAAAAUCAAAGAAAUGUAACUUAAAAUAGAUACAGAUUAUCAAAUCAAACUCCUAAGACAGCUCAAGGUAAGUAAUAACAUAAAUUUUACAGUUCUACUCCUUCUUAAAGCAUUUAAAAAUAAAGGACCCUUUAAUAAUUUAAAGAUAGUUUGUAUUUUGAUGAAAGAAUAAAUAAAGUACCAAAAUCAACUAUAAGAAAUUAAAUUAUUGACAGUAUUGUUAGUGAUGCUGAUUUAUUACUUUAAAGAAGAGAGUUAAUGACAUCUAUAUAUAAAUUGAAAUAACUGAAUCUAUUAAAAAACAAGGAAUUCGCAGUGUAAAAUUGAAUUAUCAAAAUAGGAAUCGUCUUCCAGGAGUAGGAAAAUCAAGUUUUGUUUAUAAUGAUUAUCAUACGAAGAGUACAAAUAAUGGAUACUCAAGAAAUUUCGGUGGAGUAUUUUAUACUAGAUGA